AUAAUAGGUUCGAUGGGCGGAACGCAAGGACUGUCUGGAAGGGGGAUUGUAACUCAGGGAGAGAAGGAACUAGCUUCGAUAACACUAUAACACAGACACACAAAGACACAGAUACAUUGACAGACACACAGGCACACUGCCCUGUUUAGGGCGAAACUUGUGAGAGGGAGCCAUGGAUUUCAUCCCAAACUUAUCCCCAUGGACGUGGUUCCUUCUGGCUGCAUUCUGGGUUCUUCUAUUAGUAUAUGGACUGUAUCCUUAUCGAUUCUUUAAGAAGUUGGGGAUUCCAGGACCCACACCAUUACCGUUUAUAGGAACAUUUCUGGAAUAUAGAAAAGGGGUGCUGCAGUUUGACAUGGAAUGCUUUAAGAAAUAUGGAAAGUUAUGGGGGCUUUAUGAUGGCAGACAGCCAGUACUUGCUAUUAUGGAUCCUGUUAUAAUUAAAGCUAUUUUAGUGAAAGAGUGUUACACUAACUUCACCAACAGACGGAACUUUGGUCUAAAUGGGCCUAUGGAGUCAGCUCUCACUAUUGCUGAAGAUGAGCAGUGGAAGAGGAUCCGCCAUGUUCUCUCCCCCACAUUCACUAGUGGGAGACUCAAAGAGAUGUUUCAUAUUAUGAAAGAAUACUCAAAUGUUCUGGUGAAGAAUCUGCAGGUGUAUGUAGAUAAAAACGAACCAUGUGUCAUAAAGGAUGUUACAGGCGCUUAUAGCAUGGAUGUUGUCACCAGCACUUCAUUCAGUGUCCAUAUCGACUCCCUAAACAAGCCUAAUGAUCCAUUUGUAAUGCAUAUCAAGAAGGUUAUAAAAGUGGGCCUUUUCAGUCCAAUACUCAUCCUUACUGUGCUUUUCCCAUUUCUGAUACCUAUUCUUCAGAAGCUGAAUGUGAACUUCUUUCCCAAAGACUUUGUGCACUUUUUCAUGAAUGCAGUCACCAGCUUCAAAGAAAAGCGUGAGAAAGGAGAUCACUCGGGCCGUGUGGAUUUCCUGCAGCUUAUGUUGGAUUCUAGAACAACAGAUGUUAAUAGUUUAAGUGGCGAACAAAAAGCUCUGACAGAUGAAGAAAUAAUGGCGCAAUCUCUAAUUUUCAUAUUUGCUGGAUAUGAGACCACAAGUCUGUCACUGUCCUACCUAUUUUACAGUCUAGCAAUCCACCCUGAUGUCCAGUUUAAGUUGCAAAAAGAAAUUGAUUCAUACCUACCAGACAAAGCCACUCCUACCUAUGAUACCCUGAUGCAGAUGGAGUACCUAGAUAUGGUUAUUGAGGAGACCCUCCGGAUGUACCCACCAGGUGGAAGGAUAGAAAGAGUUGCUAAACAAAAUUUUGACAUACAUGGUGUUACUAUACCCAAGGGGACAGUUACAAUGAUCCCAGCUUAUGUGAUGCACAUGAAUCCAGAAAUCUGGCCAGAACCUGAAGAGUUCCGUCCUGAAAGAUUCAGUAAAGAAAAUAGAGCAAGCCAAGAACCGUAUACAUUCCUGCCAUUUGGAGAUGGACCCAGAAACUGUAUUGGUAUGAGAUUUGCUUUGCUCAGUAUGAAACUGGCAAUCACUGUCCUACUGCAGAACUUCAACUUCCGGCCUUGCAAAGACACACUGAUCCCAAUGGAGUUUAGCACGCAAGGCUUCUUGCAGCCAAAGAAACCAAUUGUGCUGCAGGUCAUCUCACGGACAUCAGAGGAGUAAGCAGAGAAUCGAUGCAGACUGCAUGAUGGAAUUAAGGCCUGGUCUAAGAACUGGACUGGCUGUUUAACAUUAGAAACUCUGUGUAAAUGAAAGCUAUUUUCUAACAACAUGUACACUUUUUUCAUCCUGUGGAAUCAGUACUAAUAUUUUGAAUUGUACAACAGCUUAAGCUAGGCUUUUACUUUUAUUAACCCUUUCAUAGAAAAAAAACAUUUUCUUUAUAUUUAGAAGACUUAGGAGGCAAGAUUAAUGCAAAAUUGCAUUCUAUUAUCCUUUAAUCUAUAUAAUUUUCCUAUCCGUGAUACAUACAAUCUUCCUGUCAUAAUAAAUCCACAGUUGUAACAACCAAUUUUAGUUGUUAACCCCUAUAUUAUGCCUGACAUGUAUUUAUAUGGUCAACAUCCAAACUUUAAACCUAAUCUAUGAGCAUGAUUUUUUAAAUCAUCCAUUAGGUGAUCUUAUGCGGCUACAUUGGUCCCAGGAGUUAGAGAAUAGCCGUGGAUCCAUGAAUCUGCUUGAUUCCAUUAACCAUCCCUAUGUGAUCCAACUUGUAUCCUGCCUUGAGCAUGUGGGACUUUAAGUCUUCUCUGCCUCAUCUAAGUAAAUCAGGAAUUUUAGUACAUGGUGAUUAUUUGAACCAGCUUUAAAAGGUCUCACUUUCAGUUGUAGUGAUUAUAUUAUAAAAUAUUUUAUUUGUUUUAGUUUACAUAUUUUUCAGUAAAUAUUGACACCUUCCUUAAAGGAACACUGCAUGCAACAUUGCAAUGUCAUUGAAAGCAAGUUGUUGUGAUGCCAGGAAGUCGCUGGUGCUGAUUUACCUUUAGGGGUAAACCAUUCAUGCACCUCUGCCCUUAAGCUUUCUGAAGGUUGAGGCAGGGGCACCACUGAUUGGUUUAGUGUCUACUGACCACUGUACGCUAACCAAUAGCUCCCCAUUCAUAAAAUAGUUUGAAAAAGAUAUGUACUGUACUUCCGUAUCUUCCUUCAUGAAUAUUUUCAUAAAGUGGAAGGACAGUGGGACAAAAUGAAUGGGCAUUCGAGAACAUGGGGUUAAACCAUGCAUAAACUGUUUAAUUGCUUAAGUUAAGCCAGUGCCUGGGACCUCCUGGAUCCAUAACAACUACUUCAUUUUGAUUGUCAUUAUGGUGCCCAAAUUGCUCAUUUAAUGAUAACAUGGUAUGCCUACUUUCAAAAAUAACUUUAAUUGUCCUUAACAAUGAUCUUUCUCACAUAUUAGUUGGUUUCAAAGAUUAGACCUUUAUAAAUGUGAACAUCCAGCUAUAUUAAUUGAACUUCUGCGAAACUCCAUAUUAUCAUCGUUCUCUCUGUAAUAAAUUCCUUGAAGUCUUUCUUAAUAAAAUAUAUUUUCAGUGAUUUGAACCCAA